AUGUGUGCGGCGGGGAGACGGUGGGGCCGGCGGCAGCGAGCUCUGCUCUGGGUGAUCCUGCUGGCGGCGUGGGAGGCGGCGUGGGGGCAGCUGCGCUACUCGGUGCCCGAGGAGAUGCCCAAGGGCUCGUUCGUGGGUGACGUGGCCAAGGACCUGGGGCUGCAGCUGCCGGAGAUUAAUGACCGCGGUGCCCGCAUUGUCUCCGGAGGUAGGACGCAGUAUUUCGCUCUGCACGGGAAGACGGGACAUUUAGUGACAGCGGAGAAGAUCGACAGAGAGCAGCUGUGCGAGAGUGCGCAGCAAUGCGUGCUGCGCUGUGAGCUGAUAGUGGAGGGGGAAAUGCAGGUUUACGGAAUCCAGGUGGAAAUUACGGACAUUAACGAUAAUGCACCCAGAUUCCGAGAGGCAGAAAUACAGCUGAAAAUGAGUGAGACGACAGACCCUGGUGCACGGUUUCCCCUGCCCGACGCUGAUGAUCGAGACUGGGGUCGGAAUUCCUUGCAGAGCUACGAGCUGAGCGGUGACGAGCACUUCUCGCUGGCCGUGCAGUCGGGCCCCGGCCGCGAUCAGCGUCCCGAGCUGGUGCUGGCGAAGGCGCUGGACCGGGAGGAGGCGGCGUUUCACGAGCUGGUGCUGAGGGCGAUGGACGGCGGCGAUCCGGCACGGACGGGCACGGCUCGGAUCCGAGUGACGGUGCUGGAUGCGAACGACAACGCGCCUGUGUUCAGCCAGGCGGAGUACACGGUGCGUGUGCCCGAGGACGUGCCCGUGGGCUCAACUCUCAUAACCGUCCUAGCCACGGACGCAGACGAAGGGUUAAACGGGCAUAUGAAAUACUCAUUUAAAAAAAUCACGGAGAAGGAUACUCAGAUUUUUCAGCUCGACAGUGACACGGGAGACAUCAACCUUUUGCAAAGCCUGAACUUCGAGGAAGGAGAUUCUCACGAACUAGAGGUGCAGGCACAUGAUGGGGCAGGUCUUUUUGACACAACGAAAGUCGUGGUCACUGUGACAGAUGUGAACGAUAAUGUGCCGGAGAUUUCUGUCCGUUCGGCCCGGAGCGAGGUCUCCGAAGACGCCCCACCGGGAACUGUCGUGGCCCUGCUGCACGUGCAGGACCGGGACUCUGGACCGAACGGUGCCGUGCGCUGCUCGCUCGAAGGGCAGGUCCCCUUCCGCCUGGAGAAGUCUUUUGAUGAUUACUAUCGUGUGGUGACAGCGAGAGAGCUGGACCGAGAGCAGGUGUCGGAGUACAACGUGACGGUGCGGGCGGCCGACGGCGGGUCGCCGGCGCUGCAGAGCAGCGCGGUGCUGGCGCUGCGGGUGCUGGACGUGAACGACAACGCGCCGGUGUUCGCGGAGGAGCGCUACAGCGCGCGGCUGGCGGAGAACAACGCGGCGGGCGCGCUGGUGCUGACGGUGCGCGCGACGGACGCGGACUGGGGGCAGAACGCGCGCGUGCGCUACCGGCUGUCGGAGGGGCGGGUGCGGGGCGCGCCGCUGUCGUCGUACGUGUCGGUGCAGGCGGAGACGGGCGCGCUGUACGCGCUGCGCUCCUUGGACUACGAGCAGGUGCGCGAGCUGCGGCUGUGGGUGCGUGAGGAGGACGGCGGCGCGCCGGCGCUGAGCAGCAACGUGUCGGUGGUGCUGCAGAUCGUGGACGAGAACGACAACGCGCCGCAGGUGCUGUACCCGCCGGCGGGCGCGCUGCGGGCGGGCUCGGGCUCGGGCGGUGCGUGGUCGGGCGUGGAGCUGGCGCCGCGCUGGUCGGAGGCGGGCGCGCUGGUGGCCAAGGUGGUGGCGGUGGACGCGGACGCGGGCCAGAACGCGUGGCUGUCGUACGAGCUGGCCAAGGCGACGGAGCCGGGGCUGUUCCGCGUGGGGCUGCACAGCGGCGAGGUGCGCACGGCGCGCUCGCCGCUGGCCCGCGACGCGGCGCGCCAGAGCCUGGUGGUGGUGGUGAAGGACCACGGGCGGCCGGCGCUGUCGGCCACGGCCACGCUGAGCGUGGUGCUGGCCGAGAGCGUGGCCGAGCUGCUGGCCGAGCUGGGCAGCGCGGCCGACGAGGCGGCGGCAGAGCCGGGCGAGCCGGCCGUGAGCCUGACGCGCUGGCUCGUGCUGGCCGUGGCCGCCGUGUCCUGCCUCUUCGUCGCCUUCCUGCUGCUGCUGCUGGCGCUGCGCCUGCGCCGCUGGCGCCGCCAGCAGCUGCUGCCGCCCGCCAGCGGCGCCUUGCGCGGCGUGCCCGUGUCGCACUUCGUGGGCAUCGACGGCGUGCGCGCCUUCCUGCAGUCCUACUCGCACGACGUGUCGCUCACGGCCGACUCGCGCAAGAGCCAGCUGCGCUUCUCGGCCGGCGGCAGCUGCUGCGACACCCUCCCGGCCCGGCCGCUGCCCGACGAGCCCGCGCCGCUGCUCGGCGACGAGGACCCUGCCGGCGCCAUCCCUGUGGAUCCCGCCGCUUCCUCGUGUAAUAGUGCAGAAGCAUCUCUGCUGCAGUCCUCCAAGUGCAGAGCGGCCACCCAGCCCAGCCAAGGUUUCCAUGAACAGCCCAGGGGCCAGUGGGAGAACGUGUGCAGUGUCCCCCACAUCAUCACCCAGAAGAACAUUCUGGGCAAUCAUCUGGAGGCUGUGAAGUGGCUGAGGAACAGGCUGGAGAGUCACCUGCGAAGAGUUACAGACAGUGGCUCAAUAGGAGAGAGCCCGGAGCCGGUGCCGGCGCUGAGCCCCGCCCAAAGCCGGGCCCCCUUGAGCGCGGCCGUGCGGCGGCUGCAGUGUCGCGGCGGCGCCUCCGGGUGUCGCUGUUGGCCGCCGCCGAGCGGCGCUGGAGCCGCCGCCGCCGCAGCGUCCUGCCCCCGCAGGCUGCUCGCUCGCCCGGCGCCGGCCAGAGCGGCAGCGGCAGCGGCAGCAGCAGCGGCGAGAGGCGGCGAGAGGCGGCGCUUGGCGGGGAGCAGCGGCGUCCGAGGCGGCCCGAGCGGGCUGGCUGCGCUGCCUGUGAGCGGUGCGUGCGGUGUGUGGCGAGAGCGGCUGCGAGGGAGGCAGGGCAGCGGCAGGAGGCAGGAGCUUGGCGAGCUGUGGCGGCAGAGAAUGGCGGUGAGGCGGCGGCAGAGGCUCGGGCCGGGCGGCGGGCGAGCGCUGCUGGGCGCGGUGCUGCUGUGCGUGUGGUGGCGGGCGGCGGCCGAGCGGGUCCGCUACGCCAUCCCCGAGGAGCUGGGCAGAGGCUCGCUCGUGGGGCCGCUGGCGCGGGACCUGGGGCUCAGCGCGGACGAGCUGCCGGCGCGCAAGCUGCAGGUGGCGUCUGCCGGCAAGAAGCAGCUGAAAUACUUCAGUGUGAAUGAGGAGAACGGGAACUUGUACGUAAACGAGAGGCUGAACCGGGAGGAAAUGUGCGGCGCAUCUGCGACUUGUUCUGUCAGCUUCGAGGUGCUGGUGCAAAACCCGCUGAACAUUUUCCGCGUCGAGGUAGCCAUCGAGGACGUGAACGACAACUCCCCGACCUUCAGCAAGGCUGUUCUGGACCUCGAGAUUGGUGAAUGGGUCCUUCCCGGUGCUCGUUUUCCGCUGGAGAUGGCCCGAGAUUCGGACGUUGGAAGUAACUCUCUGUUGACCUACCAACUCGACAGCAACCCUUUCUUCACGUUGGCCUUCAGGGAGAACCCUGAUGGAAGCAAGCAGCCGGAAUUGGUACUGGAGAGAGCCCUGGACCGAGAGAAGCAAAGUUCCAUUGAGUUGGUCCUGACAGCAGUUGACGGCGGGGAACCUGCGAGGUCCGGGGCUGUUCAGAUUCGGGUCAAUGUAACAGAUGCCAACGACAACCCACCCGUGUUCAGUAAAAGCUUCUACGAGGCGCGAGUGGCGGAGAAUCUGCCGGUGGGGUCGCUGGUGCUACAGGUGCGGGCCACAGAUGCGGACGCCGGAUCUAACGGGAAGGUGUCCUACGCCUUCAGCAACGUUCCAGGGUCCAUCAGCGAGUUGUUCGCUGUGGACAGAGAGGGCGGCGAGAUCAGGACGGCGGGUGCCCUCGAUUUCGAGGACAUGAGUAAAUACAGCUUCGGUCUGGAGGCAAGGGACGGCGGGGGGUUAGUGUCACACUGUACGGUCCAAAUAGACGUCACGGAUGAGAACGACAACGCGCCCGAGAUUACGAUUCUGUCGCUUUCGAGUCCCGUGCCCGAAGACGCACCGGUGGGCACCGUGGUGGCCCUGCUGAACGCAAACGACCCGGACUCGGGAGAGAACGGCCAGGUGUCGUGCGAGCUGUCGGGCGAGGCGCCGCUGUCGAUCGUGGCGUCGCCGGGCGGCUCGUACAAGGUGGUGACGGCGAGCGCGCUGGACCGCGAGCAGGCGUCCGAGCAGCGCGUGACGGUGGUGGCCCGGGACCGGGGCAGGCCGGCGCUGUGGAGCAGCACGGAGCUGGUGCUGGAGGUGUCGGACGUGAACGACAACGCGCCGGUGUUCGAGGAGGCGGCGUACAGCGCGUACGUGGCGGAGAACAACGCGGCGGGCGCGCUGGUGCUGCGCGUGCAGGCGCGGGACGCGGACGCGGGCGCCAACGGGCGCGUGAGCUACUGGCUGGCGGGCGGCAGCGCGGGCGCGGCGGGCGCGGCGCCGCUCGUGUCGGUGGAGGCGCGGAGCGGCGCGCUGUACGCGCAGCGCUCCUUGGACUACGAGCAGUGCCGCGAGUUGUGGGUGGCGGUGCGGGCGCAGGACGGCGGCGCGCCGGCGCGCAGCUCCACGGCCACGGUGCGCGUGUUCGUGCUGGACCGCAACGACAACGCGCCGCGGGUGCUGUGGCCGGCGGCGGCGGCGGCGGCGGCGGGAGAGGCUCCGGCAGCGGCGCCGUUCGAGGUGGUGCCGCGCUCGGCCGAGGCCGGCUACCUGGUGGCCAAGGUGGUGGCGGUGGACGCGGACGCGGGGCGCAACGCGUGGCUGUCGUACGAGCUGGUGCAGGCGUCGGAGCCGGCGCUGUUCCGCGUGGGGCUGCACAGCGGCGAGGUGCGCACGGCGCGCGCCGUGUCCGAGCGGGACGCGGCCAAGCAGCGAGUGGUGGCCGUGGUGAAGGACCACGGGCAGCCGGCGCUGUCGGCCACGGCCACGCUGCACGUGGUGCUGGCCGAGAGCUUGCAGGAGGCGCUGCCGGAGCUGAGCGAGCGGCCGGCGGGCGCCGAGGCGGCGGCGGCGGCGGCGGCCGAGCUGCAGUUCUACCUGGUGCUGGCGCUGGCGCUGCUGUCGGCGCUCUUGGUGCUGAGCGUGGCGCUGGCCGUGGUGGCGCGGCUGCGCCGGGCCGGGCCGCCCGCCGUGCUGCGCUGCCUGGGCGCGCAGCGCUUCUCGCUGGCCGGCGCCGCCUUCCCGGCCGACUUCUGCGAGGGCACCUUGCCCUACUCCUACAACCUGUGCGUGGCGGCGCCGGCCCGCGCCGUGCCCGAGGCCGCUUGGCCGCCGCCGCCGCCGGUGCCCGUGCUGUCGGCGGAGGAGCUUCUGGGCGGGGAUGACUGCGAGAAGCCGAACCCGAACAGCAGCGCCGUCACGGGAGAUCCGCCGUCUAACCAGGAUGCACCGCAGGCGGCUGGAGAAAUGAACGCUUUUGUCCCGCUGGGCUGGACUCUGCGACUCCGUAAUAACUUUGGCCGCUUCCGAAAGCUGCCCAUGGACACAGUGAGGAUGCUCGUCGGGAGCAGCCGCCCGUGGAGCGGUGCCGCGAUGGAGAUGUGCUCGGCGGGGAGGCGCUGGGGCCGGCGGCAGCGAGCUCUGCUCUGGGUGAUGCUGCUGGCGGCGUGGGAGGCGGCGUGGGGACAGCUGCGCUACUCGGUGCCCGAAGAGAUGCCCAAGGGCUCGUUCGUGGGCGACGUGGCCAAGGACCUGGGGCUGCAGAUGCCGUUGUUGAUCGAGCGCGGCGUUCACAUUACUGACAGAGGUAGGACUCAAUACUUCUCUCUGCAUGGGAAGACGGGACAUUUAGUGACGGCGGAGAGAAUCGACAGAGAGCAGCUGUGCGAGAGUGUGCAGCAAUGCGUGCUGCGCUGUGAGCUGGUAGCGGAGGGCGAAAUGAAGGUUUACCGAAUCGAAGUGGAAAUCACGGACAUUAACGAUAACGCGCCCAGCUUCAAGGAAGUUGAUUUGGAAGAGAGAAUAAGCGAAAUGACAGCGCCAGGGGCGCGGUUUCCACUUGCAGAGGCUCACGACCCGGACUCGGGUCGGAAUUCCCUGCAGAGCUACGAGCUGAGCGGUGACGAGCACUUCUCGCUGGCCGUGCAGUCGGGCCCCGGCGGCGAUCAGCGUCCCGAGCUGGUGCUGGCGAAGACGCUGGACCGGGAGGAGGCGGCGUUUCACGAGCUGGUGCUGAGGGCGAUGGACGGCGGCGAUCCGGCACGGACGGGCACGGCUCGGAUCCGAGUGACGGUGCUGGAUGCGAACGACAACGCGCCGGUGUUCAGCCAGGCGGAGUACACGGUGCGUGUGCCCGAGGACGUGCCCGUGGGCUCCACCCUCGUAACUGUCACGGCCACCGACGCCGACGAGGGGGUGAACGGACAGGUGAAAUACUUAUUGAAGAAAACCACGGGAAAAGCUUUGCAAAUGCUGCAGCUCAACUCACAGACGGGUGAAAUCACUCUACUGCAAAGCCUGGACUAUGAAGAAGGCGACUCAUAUGAGCUGGAGGUACAGGGACGAGACGGCGGAGGCCUCUUCGACACUGCCAAAGUCGAGGUCACCGUCACAGACAUAAACGAUAACGCUCCAGUGAUUUCUGUGCGGUCAGCGCUCAGUGAGAUUUCUGAGGACUCCCCACCGGGCACGGUGGUGGCCCUGCUGUACGUGCAAGAUCGGGACUCGGGGGCCAACGGCGAGGUGCGCUGCUCUCUCGAUGGGGAUGUGCCGUUCCGGCUGGAGAAGUCUUUUGACGAUUACUAUCACGUGGUGACGGCGAGAGAGCUGGACCGAGAGCAGGUGUCGGAGUACAACGUGACGGUGCGGGCGGCCGACGGCGGGUGGCCGGCGCUGCAGAGCAGCGCGGUGCUGGCGCUGCGGGUGCUGGACGUGAACGACAACGCGCCGGUGUUCGCGGAGGAGCGCUACAGCGCGCGGCUGGCGGAGAACAACGCGGCGGGCGCGCUGGUGCUGACGGUGCGCGCGACGGACGCGGACUGGGGGCAGAACGCGCGCGUGCGCUACCGGCUGUCGGAGGGGCGGGUGCGGGGCGCGCCGCUGUCGUCGUACGUGUCGGUGCAGGCGGAGACGGGCGCGCUGUACGCGCUGCGCUCCUUGGACUACGAGCAGGUGCGCGAGCUGCGGCUGUGGGUGCGUGCGGAGGACGGCGGCGCGCCGGCGCUGAGCAGCAACGUGUCGGUGGUGCUGCAGAUCGUGGACGAGAACGACAACGCGCCGCAGGUGCUGUACCCGCCGGCGGGCGCGCUGCGGGCGGGCUCGGGCUCGGGCGGUGCGUGGUCGGGCGUGGAGCUGGCGCCGCGCUGGUCGGAGGCGGGCGCGCUGGUGGCCAAGGUGGUGGCGGUGGACGCGGACGCGGGCCAGAACGCGUGGCUGUCGUACGAGCUGGCCAAGGCGACGGAGCCGGGGCUGUUCCGCGUGGGGCUGCACAGCGGCGAGGUGCGCACGGCGCGCUCGCCGCUGGCCCGCGACGCGGCGCGCCAGAGCCUGGUGGUGGUGGUGAAGGACCACGGGCGGCCGGCGCUGUCGGCCACGGCCACGCUGAGCGUGGUGCUGGCCGAGAGCGUGGCCGAGCUGCUGGCCGAGCUGGGCAGCGCGGCCGACGAGGCGGCGGCAGAGCCGGGCGAGCCGGCCGUGAGCCUGACGCGCUGGCUCGUGCUGGCCGUGGCCGCCGUGUCCUGCCUCUUCGUCGCCUUCCUGCUGCUGCUGCUGGCGCUGCGCCUGCGCCGCUGGCGCCGCCAGCAGCUGCUGCCGCCCGCCAGCGGCGCCUUGCGCGGCGUGCCCGUCUCGCACUUCGUGGGCAUCGACGGCGUGCGCGCCUUCCUGCAGUCCUACUCGCACGACGUGUCGCUCACGGCCGACUCGCGCAAGAGCCAGCUGCGCUUCUCGGCCGGCGGCAGCUGCUGCGACACCCUCCCGGCCCGGCCGCUGCCCGACGAGCCCGCGCCGCUGCUCGGGGACGAGGACCCGGCCGUCGCCCUCCCCGUGGAUCCGUCCUCUACCUCGGCCGAUUAUGAGGGUCAGAGCAUGUCACUGUCUGAGGGUCUCUUAGUGUCCGAGACCACUCAGAUGGACAUAGGAGGGUGGUUCAGGGUGCAGGGUAUUCUUGAAGCUGCCGAAGAAAGACUGCAGGAGACAGUCGUCCGCUCUCAAGGGGUCUGA